GGUUUGAACAGGGGAAGUUGACAGAGCGCAGCGCUGUGCGUGAGUUCAGUGUUUGCAAAUAUAGAGAGAUCUCAACAGACGGACUAGCGGACUCCGAGCAAAGCGACGGCUGCACCGCGUUGCUAUUGCACGAAGAGGACGCUUGCUGUGUUUGCUUGUCACACUUUAUCUUGAUUCAGCAAGAUACACAUAUCUAUUUUUUUGGUCUUUAUUGCCUGAUACUCGGGAUUGCAAUGGAUGUUCUACCAAUGUGCAGCAUUUUUCAGGAACUUCAGAUCGUUCACGACACUGGCUAUUUCUCUGCAUUGCCAUCGCUUGAAGAAUACUGGCAACAGACAUGUCUGGAGCUGGAGAGAUAUUUGCAGAGCGAGCCGUACGUCUCUGCGUCUGACCUCAAGUUUGAGGGCCAGGAGGAUCUUUGGAGCAAGCUCAUCUUGGCUUGUGGAGAUAAGGGCGACGGGAACGGCAGCAUUCCCAGCGUCAAGGAGGACGACAAUCAGGACUGCCAAAUAUUGGAAACCAACAGCAUGAAUUCGGAUGCCAGCAGCGAGGCGUCUGACAGCUCGGAGGAGCUCUCUCCCACUCACAUCUUUACCUCCAACCCGCUGGGCUCAGUUCUAACAGAGUCAGCACAUCACUUGAGUUCCUCUAUCAUCAGCACGCCUCCGUCCUCCCCAGAAAUGCCCCAAGAGCCCGGCGUCCCGCAGGUGUGGGGCUCCACACAGACUGACUUGCACAUCCCAGUGAAGAUCAGGCAAAAUGGGCUGGGGAAGGCCUUGGAUAAGACUACCACUGGUGGGGAUGCGUCUCCAGAUGGCAGGAGGAGAGUGCACAGGUGUCAUUUCAACGGCUGCCGGAAGGUUUACACAAAAAGUUCUCACUUAAAAGCACAUCAGCGGACUCACACAGGUGAGAAGCCGUACAGGUGUUCAUGGGAAGGCUGCGAGUGGCGCUUUGCGAGGAGCGAUGAGCUAACCCGACACUUCAGGAAGCACACUGGUGCAAAGCCAUUUAAAUGCAGUCACUGUGACAGGUGUUUCUCCAGGUCGGACCACCUGGCCCUGCACAUGAAGAGGCACCUUUGAGCGGGCCGUAGCUUCACGCUGGGGAUAUGUUGUGUCCUGACCAGCUUCCUGGUUGACCUGGCCCUGCAAAGAAAUGAGGGGAGCGUGUUCCAGCCAAAGCAUGCCAUUUUGCACCAUAUCCUGUGCCUCCGUGAGCCCCGGGAUAAAGGCGGACUGACUGGUUGUUGAAAUGAACAAAAUAAAAAAGGAAGGGACAAAAUCAAGUAAUGAAGAACCGAAGACGGGAUGAUUUAUUUAAAAAAAUGUAAAACAAAAAACAAAAAACAGAGCGAGUGAAUGGUGUGUUGUAUGGUGCAUGAUGUUUCGGGACAACUCCCCGGACUAUACACUGGUACUUUUUAAAUCGAAUCCUAACGAAAGCCUGUUUGACGUGAGCGGAUGAAUGUCCCGUGUGGCGAAGGGUGGGAGGGGGGUACCAGUGUAUCGCUGUGGGCUGAAUGGUGUCGGGAAACAAGUUCCGUUUUUGUUUCCACAUGGUAUGCAAGGAAGCCGUGAGACUGAGGACUCCUGCCAGACGCCCCUGGGCUCUGUGUCACAAGAAUUCCAAGGGGGGGCCCAAGCGGCCAGGGUUUCACCCCAUUUAAAAAGGGGGAGGCGGAAACUCGGUCCUGAAUGAAAGUGGCUUUUUUGGUGUUCGGUGCAGCUACUAAAUGUGCAAUGUGUUCGGUAGCUUGUUAUUUUGACAGGCUACAAAAGCUCAUUUGUAGUCCGUUGUAUAAGCUGUGUGCUUAGAAGAUGUAACACAAUUAUAACUUCACUAUCAUAAACAGGUGUUGCAUGGUAUUGGGGUUUGUUUCUUUUAUUUUUUUUUUCUUUUGUAAUUGGGACUGCAAAUAGAUUCCAAUAAAGCGCAGCUAAAUACAAUUGGUUAGAUGUUACAAUAUUGUACAUAAAUGCAUUGAUCAUUCUUCACUCUAAAUUCCCACCCCGUUUCUUUCCAAUGUGGGGGGGGGGACCACUUGAUACAUACAAGACUUCAUCUUGAGGACUAAAUUCUCUCUUUCUAUCUCCAUUUGACCUGUUGUUAAUGCACUGUUGACCUUAAUGGUGCCUUAUGCAAGUGACCUUUCCAUUUGGGUGGUCGCAAAAUGUCUUUUAAAAACAAAACAAGCUUUAUUAAGGCUCUGUUUCACCUGAACGUGCACCUUUUCCCAUUUUUGAGGCCACUGUAAGCAAGCCCUUGUAGAUACGUAAUAUAUUGUGGUUUGUGAGCAUGCGAUUAUCAUUCUUUUACUCUCACAUUUCUCAACUCUGCAAUGUAGAGCACUUAGGGGUUUGGUAUCUACCGAGCGACCUUUCUGAAUACGCUUUUGGACGCAAGAUAUUUAUCUGUGUAGGUGUGUGUGUGUGUAAGCUCUUUAAGUGCAAAAACAGGCUGUUGUAUAACACAAGGCUUGUGGAAUGCCAACCCCCUCGACCCCCGUCCCCUGUAACCAAGAAUGAAGAAAAAAAGCCUAAAGAUUUAUUGUAAUUAACAAGCUCCAGUCAGACAGGCCUUGCCUUGUACUGCCUCUCUGUAAUGAAUUGCUGAAGGCCCUGCCUGCUACAGACUGCUGACUCUGGCAGUUCGAUAUUGACCUGUCUGGAUGCCGUUGUUUUAGUCCAGCGACAGUAUUGUGGAAACAGUGCACAGCCAUCCAGAAAGAUAAAGAUAUAUCGCUUCUCUCUUCAACAUUUUACAAUGGAAGUCGAACGGCGCAUCUGUUUGGCUGUGCGCGUUUCUUUUGCAAUCUGAAUGGUAAACUCUCUAAUGUUUUCAGGGACCAAACGAUUGACUUAAAGUUAUUGUACAUAGUUCUGUGCUUGAAUUAUUUGCGCUUUUAUUUAGCGCCGAUGGAGGUUUGACACUGUUGCAUGCCGAGCAGCUACGUGGAAACAGAUUGUUUGAAAAGUAACUUGAAGCAGCUUGUGCUGCCAUUUUAAUCAGACCAGCCAGGGUUUUGUAGGCAAAGAACAUUGUCUUUCCAACAGUGGCCGAUAUUAGUCAAGUGGUAACGGAGCCUUAAUCAAGUUUCCCAUUUGCUUGCUUCAACCAACACUUUCUAUCACAUAUCUUUUCUCUCAUGAGCCCCUCUUGUCUAGAGAAUAUUUGUACAAAAGAAUAAAAAAAACUGAAAAGUUAGAAAAAAAAAAAAACACAUUUUCUAAGAUUUUUAUUUGUUUUUGCUUUAUAUGAAUUUUAUUUGAAAUUGUUUUGCAAAAUUGUUAUAUUUCUGUAUGAAUGUAUUUUUUAUUGGAAUAAUAAGAAAUUCUUAUCGGAAAAACGAAA